AUGACGUCCACCAGAAGUAACGUCGGUGAGAUCGCUGGCGACGUGGAAAUUCGCAAACUAAAAUCAUUAUCCCCCAGUCACUACGCCAAACUAGUUCAGUAUCUGGAUGAAAAUGAUUCAUGGCGGAUCCUCAUGUCAUUCGUACCCAAAGUUCUACCAAACAGUGACAGUGACAGUCUUCAACGAGAAGCAAAAGAAAAAUGGGAGAAGUUGUACAACUCGACGCAUAUUAAACUCAUCGAAAACGCUAGCAAAAAAGAUCCGCGUUCAGCUGCGGAAAUCUUUCUCUUCGAAUGGUCGACCACCGGCCGUCGGCGGCCAACAGUGGUUCACCUCCUUGACCUGCUAAAAGCAGCCAACUUGUAUCGCGCUGCUGAUUACAUUGCAAUUAAUGUACUGCAACAGAGGGCGGUUGAACGCCCCACGACUGGACCAGCUGCAAAAAUUAGUAUUUCCGAACUUGAUGCUGAAUUGGACGCAGAGGAUGAAAAUGUAAACCCACAGGUAUCAAAUGUGACAAUUGAGAAUAACUUGGAUAACAGCAAACCGGAAAACACGUUGCGUAGAGCCGACGCUCCGAAAUUAUUGGUUCCUUUCAAGCGGGAAGGUGCUACAGGUGGUAAUACUGAGAAUAAAAGGAGCACUGCUCGGAUUGGUCAGGAAAAUAUACCGGAAGUGCAGAUUACUGAAGCGACAUCUUCAAUGAAAGUUGGGAAUAUUGUUUUACAGUCUCCACCAGCAUCUGAGCCAAUUGUUAGCGAUAUGAUGAAGUUUAGUCAGAGUUUAUCUAUAUCACAAGAUAGUGAAACUCAAUCUAACUAUUCUGAUAGUUCAGAGUCUGUGAAUACUUCAUCGGUUGCUUGUAUACAAGAUGUCACUUCAACAAAUGUGAUUUCCGGGGAUAAUCGACCAAAUUUCAGUCAGUUACUAAGCUUAAACUCACAGAAUAAUAUAGAAUCAUCUGAUAUUGUUAGUGGUACUGCUAGUGUUAGUAGUUUUACUGAAUCAAGUGCAAUUCGACCGAAUUUGAGCGUUUUAUUAGAUGCUGUUGAGACAAGAACUUACACUGAGAGUACACAGUCAGAAAAUGGUGAAAAUCGGCCAGAUUUAAGUGGAUUACUUGCUAGCACUAAUUUAAGUGUUACUUUGAUUUCUGAUGAGUCAAAAUCAUCAAAUUUAUUGUCACAAAGUGGUUCUAUCAAGAGUGAACAAUUGGCGGAGUCUGGACCGGCAUUUUCUAUGUUGCUUGAUAAUAAUAACGCACAGAUGGCGCCAGGGAAACCUGUAAAUGAAAGUUUCGAUGAUUCAAGCAGUUCCGAUGAUGAGUAA